AUGCAGCCCACCCAACUCUUCUCCGCCAUUGCGCUCAUGGCUUCUGCCGUCGUCGUCGACGCCAAUCCGACCCCGGUGCUCGAGGCCGGCGGAACGGGACUGGAGCGCCGCGUGCCCAAGACCUCGGGUGCUGAGUGCAUUAAGGCGCCGCUAAGUGACGAUAAGGACCACUCCUAUUACACCAUCACUAUCGACACCGACGUCAAGGCCGCCGCGGCGAAAGCAGGCCUCUCUAAGAUUGGUAUCCGUCAACACUGCGCUUCCAACGGCGGUUUGUUUGGAAUAUUUGCGCAAAACACUGAAAACUGGGGCUUCGUCACCAUCGACAAGUCCGGCGCUAACCAGCAGUACAACAUCACGGUCGACCGGUGCAAGAAGAAAAACGACCGCCAUGUCUGGAGUUACAACGUCUGGUUGUGCGACGACAAGACCUACUGCGGAACCAACAACUGCGGACUGGACCGCGAGAUCUGCCCAGAGAAGAAGACAAAGGCGGUCAAUCUGACCGACCCCGACCCGUGGACCUGCGCUGUUUAA